UUAUCACUUCCGGUUUCCAUCUCUUCCCGUUCGUUCGUUUGUUUACCAACUGCUUUUGGGAUAGGCCUAGGCCUAGCUCUCUCUAAUUUUGUCAUUCUCGUAUUUUUUCUGUAUGGAUUUCAAAUAUGAAUACGGACGAUCUUUAUGAAAAAGCUAAGAUUCUUUCAGCUGAGGGUAAAAACCAAGAGGCACAGGAUAUGUAUACAAAAACGAUCGAACUAAUCCUAGGCCGACUGUCGGAUGGUGAUGGUUCCACAUCUAGGCCUACUAGGUUAGUCGGUGUACGGAAUGACAUGUUGUCCUUAGCAUACAAUAACAGGGGACACCUUCGUUACCUCCGAGUGGAUUUUGAUGAAGCAGUUGAUGACUACACAGAGGCCAUCAAGAUUAAUGAAGGAUUAGCUAUUGCAUAUUAUAACAGAGGACAGAUUCACUAUCGUUUAGCAAGAUUUGAGUUAGGAAUUGCUGAUUUUGAAAAAUGCUUAGAACUACAGCCAUCUUUUCAUGAAGCAGAAUUAGCAUUAAAAACUGCAAAACAAGACAAACUUGAGAGGGAUAUGAAAACAAGUCCUGGCGAAGUGGUUACAUGAUGAUAUUUGAAAAUUAUUUAUUUAAUUAUAUUUUAUAUAAUGAAAUCUACCGUACCUUUUAUAUUAAAACCACAAGAAGCAAUUAAGAGUAUAACGGACGUGCUAUAAUCACACCUUUUACUUUAGCUUAUAAUUACUUGGUCUAUUUAAUAGGAUCAAGCAUAAUGUAGGCCUAAUUGUUAAAUAUGUUUGAUUAAUCGAUCAUUUGUUUGAUUGAUUGAUUGAUUGAUUAAUUUCCAAUUAAACUCUUAGUAGUCUUAAAAAUUUGUGUCACUAGUAGCUAAUUUUUAAGUUACGUUUUGCAGUAACAUAAUAAAAGAUACUAUUCAUGAGUAUAAAGAGUGCAAUACAGACCAAAGAUUUCGACACUUAUUAACACCAGGAACAGUGAGAAAUGCUGUUUGUUUAAGCCGCCCUCUACAGUAUUAACGAUUAUUUUACUCAGUUGAAAUUCUUCAUGAGGGCUUACUCUUAAUGCUCUCGUAUACUACAUACGGUACUACUAAUAGUAGAACCACGUUUUGCCAAAUUAAUUUCUUAACAAAUGUAAUGUUUGGUAUCGCUAUAUAUAUAUUUUUUUAAAUUACCAAACCUUUUUAACAUUUGGUGUUUUCCGGAGAGUAGGUGCAGUUUGUGUAUCCUGAUGUUUUUUUGUUUUUGUUUGUUUGUUUGUUUUUUACAGUAACAGAUUUUAUAGACAACGUAAAAUGUUAUGUAUGUAUAAUCAACCAAAGUUUCGAAGCAUGUUUAUAUUAUUACUUGAAGUUGAUCAAUAAAUAAAUGUUGAAUCUCGAAGGUGA